UUAUAAGCCUCAAAAAAAGUUUUGAUGUCGGUGUUUCACGACCGAUUUUCCUACGCUUGUAAAUUUGUCUUCUAAUCCACGAUUUGUUUAGAUUUAUAUUUGUUUAUUCCACUUAUUUAAAGCCCGAAGUAGAAGAAUAUUCUAUCGUAAUUGAAGUGUUAUCGCCAGAGUUCUAAUAAUUUACAUUGCAGUCAAAAUGACCAGCGAGUCAUCAAAUAAAAACUUCUCCAACUUGGAAACCCCAGGUUACGUUGGGUUUGCCAACUUACCAAACCAGGUGCACCGGAAGUCGGUAAAGAAAGGCUUCGAGUUUACGCUCAUGGUCGUUGGGGAGAGUGGAUUGGGAAAGUCUACUUUAGUGAACUCCCUAUUCUUGACUGACUUGUAUCCGGAGAGAGUGAUUCCUGAUGCAAUCGAGAAAACAAAUCAGACGGUCAAAUUGGAUGCAUCAACUGUGGAGAUUGAAGAAAGAGGCGUAAAACUCCGUUUAACUGUGGUGGACACUCCUGGCUAUGGAGAUGCUAUUGACAAUACUGACUGCUUUAGGUCAAUCAUCCAAUACAUUGACGAACAAUUCGAGCGUUUCCUGCGCGACGAGAGCGGUCUCAACCGGCGCAAUAUUGUCGACAACCGCAUACACUGCUGCUUCUACUUUAUUUCGCCUUUUGGACAUGGGUUGAAACCCCUUGAUAUUGAGUUCAUGAAGCAACUGCACAACAAAGUGAACAUCGUGCCUGUUAUUGCCAAAGCCGACUGCCUCACCAAGAAGGAGGUUCAACGACUCAAGACUAGGGUUAUGGAAGAAAUCGAAAGGGAAGGAAUCAAAAUCUACCCUUUGCCUGAUUGCGACAGUGAUGAAGACGAGGAUUAUAAAGAGCAGGUGCGUCAACUGAAGGCAGCGGUGCCAUUCGCGGUGUGCGGCGCGGGCCAACAGCUGGAGGUGCGCGGGCGCCGCGUUCGCGGCCGGCUGUACCCGUGGGGCGUGGUCGAGGUCGAGAACCCCGAGCACUGCGACUUUAUCAAGCUGCGGACUAUGCUCAUCACUCACAUGCAAGACCUGCAGGAGGUGACGCAAGAGGUGCACUACGAGAACUACCGCUCGGAGCGGCUCGCGCGCAGCGGGCAAGUGCCUAAACGUCACACGUCUACGGAGAGCGGCCUCAGCGAAGCCGAUAGCAACGGUGUAACCAACGGAUCUAAUGAAGAUGCUGACCGUGCUCUUCGUGAAAAGGAGGCAGAGCUUCGUCGUAUGCAGGAGAUGCUGGAGCAGAUGCAGCGGCAGAUGCAGCUGGCCGCCGCCGGCGCGCCCACCACCGCAUAGUGCACGCUCGACGCACAGUUAAAGACAAGUACGGCUGUCCACGUCCAGUUGCCAGACGCCUGCGACGUCGUGAACUCAAUACUGCGCGUCAUCCCUUACUGUGUCACCUCCAACUAACUGACUCUCGGACACACCCAGCCCGAAGCCCUAUUGAAACGAGUGUUUGGUGAAUGAGUGCACGGUAAAUGUAGUUUAUGCGGUUAUUAAUCUUUACGUCAUUCCUGUAAUUGUCAAGUGA